UAGUACCAGGAUCUUAGAGUAUAAGACAGUCUGGCUUAGGGCAGUGCCAGGCUACCUGUACGCAGCAUUACUCCUAGGUUACGACAACUGUCAUGGCUGUGUGGCAGCGGAUAUUCUCCAGGCUGGCGAGGAAGAGGUUAUCUGGGUGCGUACAAGGCUUUUCCCCACCUGGGCUGCUGCCAGCGUGCAGGAGAUUUUCUGCGUUCCUUCCGCAGUCACCUCCGAACUUUGGACUAUUGUUCGACAUAGAUGGCGUUUUGGUAAGGGGCAGGAAUCCCAUUCCCGGGGCGGCUGAAGCUUUUGGGAAGCUGCUGGACAGAAGUGGGCAGCUGGCAGUGCCCGUCGUGUUUGUAACCAACGCCGGGAAUUGUCUGCGCCAGGAGAGAGCGGCCGAAUUAAGUAAACUGCUCGGGUUCCAGGUCUCCGACGACCAGGUCAUCCUGUCUCACAGCCCCCUGCGCAUAUUCCACCAGUUUCACAGCAAGUGCGUCCUGGUGACUGGUCAGGGUCUUGUGGAAGAGAUUUCCUCGGACCUGGGGUUCAAGAACGUGGUUACGAUUGACGAUCUGAGAAAGGCGUAUCCUUUGCUAGACACGGUGGAUGAGAGUCGGAGGCCUAGUAAUCCGGUUUCCACCAGCUUGGACUUUCCUGCCAUAGAAGCCAUCGUCCUGUUGGGGGAGCCAGUGCGUUGGGAGACUAGUCUGCAGCUGAUUCUUGAUGUAUUGCUGAGUGCAGGACGGCCAGUAGAGUGGCAGGCUCGGGUACCAAGACCACAAAUCCCAAUUUUAGCCUGUAAUAUGGAUCUCCUCUGGAUGGCUGAAGCGAAGAUGCCCAGGUUCGGUCACGGCACAUUUCUGGUUUGCUUGGAAACUUUGUACCAUAAACUGACCGGGCAGGAGUUGCGGUACGAGGCCCUGAUUGGGAAGCCCAGCACGGUAACCUACAGCUUUGCUGAGCAGCUAUUACUGCGCCAGGCGAGGGAACGAGGCUGGAAAUGCCCCGUCCGGACGCUCUAUGCCAUUGGGGAUAAUCCCAUGGCCGACGUCUACGGCGCCAAUCUGUACAAUCGCUAUCUACAGAGCCGACGGGGGGAUUCUCCUCGGCCGCAGAGCUGUGAAUCCAUCCUGGUGUGCACAGGUGUGUACGGCAGUCAGGGCGAGGUGCCCACUGACCCACACGAGAGCGUAACGCAGACCGUCUUUCACGGGCACCGAGACUUCAAACUUGACACCAGUCUGGUGGAGGCGUCCCAUGUGGUCCGGGACGUGGGGGAAGCGGUGGACCUGGUGCUGAAGAAGGAGGGCGGGAUGGCCGAUGAUGUCACAACUCCCGGUGUCGGGAAAUGAGUGUCGCGGUGCAUUGCAGAGCAUGGACGCUUCCACGUAACGCAAAUCGAGGGAGGGAAUUAAUUAUCAUAACAUCUCUCAGGAAUAUAGCCAUGUAAAAAAAAAAGAAUCUGAAUUUACAAUGUUUUUUACAGUUGGACGAAGUCUUAUACAGUAUUUAUUAUUUUAGAGUGUGGAAUGUGGCUUUAUAAAGUGUUUGAGUUCCUUGCUGUUCGAGUGCGGAAGCUAUAUUCAUGAGAAUGAGGCCCGCCCAUUAACCAGGAAGCAUUAGGGGUCGUUUAUAAAACGCACAAAGUGUGGUAGCUCAAUGCCACUAUUUUGUCGCAAGGGCGCCUUUUUAUUGAAACGUAAUUGUUAAUCUUAAUUCUCGCACAGGAAUAGGCGCACUCAUGGCCCCAAUUCACAUGGUAUAGGAUUUACUGGGCACUAAGUGACAAUUAAUGUGACACCAAUAACACCCCAGCAGCGCAGGUGAGGGGCUGUCUGCCCUGAGCGCACUUUACUGGCAUAAAUAUAAUCUACGCGUGAAAACUGGUGCAUCCAAUUAGAAGUAUGUUUAUAUUUUCUAAUCCUUAAAAUGACAGCUGGAAUCUGAUUGGCUGCUGUCACAAGCAAAACCUUUCUACUGGGUACUCGUUUUCAUUCAUUUCCACAAGUGUGCGGGAAACGGUUUUAUUUUCUUGUUUUUGGGGGGGGAAAUAAAACAGCUUUUAUUAUUAUAUGUUAAUAAUAAAAAAUAAUUUGGAUUAUUUUUUUUAA